AUGGCUAGCUUGCCGGUAUAUGACCGCACGGGCGCCGAAGUGGGUAAGUACGAGAUCGACCCCGCGGUGCUGGUUUCGCGCAUCAACAAGCAGUUGUUGCACGAUGCCGUGGUGAUGUACGAAUCGAAUCUCCGCCAGGGUACGGCGAAAACCAAGAGUCGUGCCGAAGUGGCUGGGACCACGAAGAAGAUGUACCGCCAAAAGGGCACCGGUAACGCACGUGCUGGUUCUCGUCGUAGCGGUAUCCGUCGGGGUGGUGGUCACAUUCACGCCAAGCGGCCGCGGGAUUGGGUCUAUCGCCUUCCGCGAAAGGCCCUGCAGUUGGCUACGCGUAUGGCUUUGGCCUCCAAGGUUCGCGAUCAGCAAAUCACGCUCAUUGACGACUUGUCGUUCGAUAAGCCGGCCACCAAGCAGAUGGCCGAAAUCAUCAAGUCGCUUAAGUGCGAUGGCAAGACGUUGUUGGUCGCCACGGCGGCUCACGACAUGAAUGUCUACAAGAGUGCACGAAACAUUGCUGGCGUUACCGUUUCGCCGGCCACGGAUUUGAAUGCCCGAAGCGUGCUGGCCCCGCGUCAUGUGUUGAUGACCACGGCGGCCUUAGACGUGAUAAAGGUGGUCUUACGGCCUUUGGUCACCGAAAAAGGAAUGCACCGCUCGACGCGCUACAAUGCGUAUGCGUUCGAGGUGAAUCCGCUGGCCACUAAGCCAGACGUUCGCCGUGCGGUGGAAGAGCUGUUCGAGGUCAAGGUCUUAAAGGUCUACACGCAAAAUCGUAAGGGCAAGCCUCGUCGUACUCGUUUCCGACAGGCUCACACGAAAAGCUGGAAGAAGGCCAUCGUGAAGCUCGAACUGACUCCCGGUGCCAAGCCGGAAAAGAGUUUGUUGCGUCCGAAGAAGCGCACUGGUGGCCGCAAUAAUCAAGGUAAAAUCACGGCCCGUCAUCGUGGUGGUGGUCACAAGCGUCGUUAUCGCUUGAUCGACUUCCGUCGCAAUAAGGAUGGUGUUCUGGCUCGCGUGGCGUCGAUUCAGUACGACCCCAACCGCAGUGCCCGCAUCGCUUUGUUGCACUAUGUCGAUGGUGAGAAGCGAUACAUCCUCGCCCCGAAUGGUUUGAAGCAAGGUGCCGAGGUGAUCAGCGGGGCCGAGGCUCCUGCCGAGAUCGGCAACUGUCUACCGCUGAAGAAUAUUCCGUUGGGUACGUCGGUGCACAAUGUCGAGUUGCAGCCAGGCAAGGGUGGCCAGAUGUGCCGCUCGGCCGGCACCAGUGCAACGUUGGCCGCUCGCGAAAGCGAUUGGGCUCAGAUCAAUCUCCCCAGUGGCGAAAUUCGUCGUAUCCCGUCCAACUGUCGAGCUACGGUUGGGUCGAUUGGUAACGCCGAUCACAUGAACAUUGUCAUCGGUAAAGCCGGUCGCAAUCGCUGGAAGGGUCGUCGCCCGCAUGUUCGUGGUACCGCCAUGAACCCAAUCGAUCACCCGCACGGUGGUGGUGAGGGUCGCACAAAGGGUGGUCGUCACCCGGUGAGCCCCACGGGCAAGCCAGCCAAGGGUGGUCGCACACGCAACAAGCGUAAGCCAUCGAAUGCGUCGAUCAUUCACAUAUCGAAGUCCGAAACGAGUGUGGCAAUGGGAAGAUCGCUGAAGAAAGGGCCUUACGUCGACCCGAAGGUUUACCUCAAGGUUGAGCGUUUGGAUGAGAAGGGUGUGAAAGAGCCGAUUAAGACCUGGGCUCGGGCCUGCACCAUCGUCCCCGAAUUCGUUGGUCACACCUUUAUGGUUCACAACGGCAAGACCCACAUCAAAGUGUUCGUCACUGAAGAUAUGGUCGGCCACAAGUUAGGUGAGUUUUCGCCGAUAUUUGUCAUGGGCUACCGUGCCACGCAUCGAUUUGCCCGAAUUAGUCCCCGUAAGGUUCGGCCGCUGGCCGACAUGAUUCGCGGAAAGUACGCCGACGACGCGUUGGAUCUUCUGCGUUAUCAACCACAGCGUGGGGCUCGGAUGUUGGAAAAAGUGCUGCGAAGUGCUUUGGGCAAUGCCGAAGAUCGUCGGGCGGCGAACUUGUCAUCGUUGGUCGUGGUCGACGCCCGCGUCGACGGCGGUCCGAUGUUCAAGCGGGUUCGUCCUCGUGCUCGCGGUAUGGCACACAUCAUUCGCAAGCGAAUGUCGCAUAUUCAUGUCGAGGAGUUUUCGGAUCUGCUGCUCGAAGAUCAAAAGAUUCGCCGCUACAUCAAGGCUAAGUACCGCCACGCCGGUAUUCCCAAGAUUGAGAUUGAGCGAACCCGCGACGAAGUGAAGGUCGUGCUGUUCUCCUCGCGCCCCGGUGUCAUCAUCGGUCGUAAGGGUCAGGCGGUCGAAGCUCUGCAGGGCGAGCUGCAAGACCUGGUUGGCCGUCGCAUCAACAUCAAGAUUGAAGAGAUUUCGCGUCCGGAAAUUCACGCCCAGUUGGUGGCCGAAGACAUCGCCGAUCAGCUGGCUCGCCGUUCGAGUUUCCGUCGCACGAUGAAGCGAGCGUUAGAGCAAACUAUGGAGGCCGGAGCCAAGGGCAUCAAGGUGCAGUUGGCCGGUCGUUUGGGCGGUGCGGAAAUGGCCCGCCGUGAGAAACAAAUUGCAGGUUCGAUCCCGCUUUCGACCCUUCGGGCAAAAAUCGACUAUGGCUUUACCGAAGCCAAAACGGCCCAAGGUCACAUCGGAGUUCAGGCCGGUUGGAUUAGUGCCGCGACUAUCGAGGCGGGACGUAUUGCAGCUCAGCAAUACCUCCGCAACGAAGGGCGACUGUACAUUCGGAUCUUCCCGCACAAGUCCAUUACGUCGAUUCCGUUGGAAACGCGAAUGGGUAAAGGUAAGGGUGAACCGGAGUAUUGGGCCGCCGUGGUGCGUCCCGGUACGGUCCUUUACGAAAUCGGCGGCGUGUCCGAAGAGGCCGCUAAGAUUUGCUUCCGUCGUAAGGGUGUUGCGAUGAGUGCGGUUUCGGAACUGCGACAGAUGAGUGACGAGCAGUUGCAAGUGACGUUGAAAGACGCCACUGAACGGUUGUUCCGCCUGCGAAUCCAGGCGCAAACCGAACGCUUGGAUGCACCGAGCGAACUGCGUAUGCCCAAGCGAGUUGAUUACGGUGUGGUAGCCAGCGACAAGUCGGACAAGACUCGUCGCGUGGAAAUCAAGCGAGCGGUUCGUCACAAGAAGUACGGCAAGAUUAUUCGCCGGAAGACGGUCUGCCACGUGCACGACGAGAACAACGAAUCGGCGCUCGGCGAUACGGUGGAAAUCACCGAAUGCCGUCCACGUUCGAAAUCAAAGACGUGGGAGUUGGUUCGAGUGUUGGCCAAGAGCGAGGCGGUGGAUGUCGCCGCCAUGCGUGCCGCAGCACGAGCUGCCAAGUCGAGCGAUGACGAGUCAGAGAGUAGCGCAGUCAUGAUCCAGAUGCAGACCCGGCUGGCCGUUGCGGACAACACCGGUGCCAAAGAAGUGAUGUGCAUCAAGGUGCUGGGCGGAACGCAUCGACGUACGGCAGGCCUGGGCGACAUCAUUGUUUGUAGUGUGAAGAGUGUGAUUUCCGGCAGCGAUAUCAAGAAGGGUGCCGUGGUGCGAGGGGUGAUCGUUCGCUGUAAGCAACCCACCCGACGAACCGACGGUAGCUAUGUACGCUUCGAUCGCAAUGCCUUGGUGAUUAUCGAUCAAGACAAAAACCCCAGAGGCACCCGUAUCUUCGGUGGUUUAAUGCAUAUCCGUACCGACGAUAUCGUGCUUGUGCGAACUGGCUCGGGUCGAGAUACCCGCGCCCGGGUUCUCACCGUGCUGCCGCGAGAAGGCAAAGUCGUAGUCGAAGGUGUGGCCCGUGUGUACAAGCACGUGCGUCGCAGCCAAAAGAACCCCCAAGGCGGUCGGCUUUCGAAAGAGAUGCCGAUCCAGAUGUCGAAUGUGAUGCUGGUCUGCACGUCGUGCGGUCAGCCCACUCGCACCGGGGCGCGGUUCUUGGACGACGGCAGCAAAGAGCGGUACUGCAAGAAAUGUGGUGCGGGCCAGGGUCAAAUCGCUCCCCCGCGAUCGGCCCACGACACGACCAUGGUUCCCCGUUUAAAAGAGCGAUACGAGAAGGAAGUUUUGCCGGCGCUGGGUGAGAAGCUCGGCCGGACGAAUCCUCACGCCCUUCCGCGAUUGCAAAAGAUUGUGAUCAACAUGGGGGUUGGGUCGGCGAUUACCGACAAGAAGCAUCUCGAGGACGCAACCAAGGCGCUGACCCAAAUUAGCGGUCAAAAGCCGGCUGUGACCCAGGCUCGGAAGUCCAUCGCCGGUUUCAAGCUCCGCGAGGGGCAAUUGAUCGGCUGCAAGGUUACGCUUCGUGGUAACCGCAUGUACGAAUUCCUCGACCGAUUGAUCUCCCUGGCGAUUCCACGUGUCCGCGACUUUCGCGGGUUGAAUCCCAAGGCGUUCGACGGAAACGGUAACUAUAGUAUGGGGUUGUCCGAGCAGUUGGUGUUCCCGGAACUCAACCCAGAUAAGUUCCUGCGAACGCAGGGGAUGGACAUUACGAUGGUCAUCUCCGGCAAGAGCAACUCCGAUUCGUUCGAAUUGCUGCAACAACUGGGCAUGCCUUUCCGCACGCCUGAAGACAAGAAAUCAAAAGGUGCCGCAUAG